AUGAGAGUGGAGAUCAAAUAUCUCCAUAAAGUCGACUAUCAUUCUGCAACGUGUGGGCGCCUUGUGGAGGCGGUUUCUCCAAUGGGUCUUUCCACUACUUUCACGUACUAGGCGGUUUUUCCUGUUCACUAUAGCAAACCAUGUGGUAACUUUACCGCUGAAGUCGAGAACAAAAUCAAUCUUGGUAUCGAAUUCGGUAAAGAACGCGGCUUCAUUAAUCGCGGAGAUUUCAUUGUGACAGUAAGUGGUGGAAAGAUGGGAGUAAACAAAAAAAUUUUAAGGGCGGUUUUUCCUGUUCACUAUAGCAAACCAUGUGGUAACUUUACCGCUGAAGUCGAGAACAAAAUCAAUCUUGGUAUCGAAUUCGGUAAAGAACGCGGCUUCAUUAAUCGCGGAGAUUUCAUUGUGACAGUAAGUGGAUGGAAAGAUGGUGAGUGCAAAUUCAGUAUACAAACAUAA